AUGAGCAAGCUGGUUGAUGGAUUCAAGUACGGAGUACAUCUCCGCUCCGCUCCGCCGUGUUAUUUAUUAUCUGGCGCUGCGGUGCGAUCCCACGACCUCCGCUCCGGGUUGGGAGGUCCUUUAAGAUUAAGAUUCCCUCUUGCGGAUGAAGGCAUGGGGGCAGCACUGAUUCCUCAGCUUCACAAACUGCAGAACGCAGAUAUAUAUAAUUACCCCAGGGAUGUCAAGGCUGUGCCACCCGGUCCUAGGGCCCAAAAAAAAAGCAUAAUAGUCGCGGUGGACCAAUCUAUCCAAGUAGAGGAAGAAAGAAAGGGAAGUACUUCUAUAUAG